AUGUAUAAUCUCUUAUCAGCUGCACUUCUAGAUAUUCCUGUACCCACUCCUUCUCGCUCACAGAGCACAUUUCAUUUAUCGGCAGAUGCAAACACUCGCAUCGACAGGGUUCUCUCUGCGGCUUGGGCCGAUUCUACCUUAGCUCAGUUUCGCCAUUCAAUCUCUCUGUUCAUCAAUUUCUGCGACGCAGAGCAGGUUCCAUUUGAUUCAAGGUGUCCUGCUAGCGAAGACCUACUUUGUGUGUUUGCAGCUUCGAGGGCUGGUGGGUUAUCCGGCAAUACAGUUCAUAACCAACUUAUGGCGUUGAAAGCCUGGCAUGCAUUCAAUAACGCAAAGUGGCAGGGUGGUUCACGUCUUCAUUAUUUGCUUAACGGUGUGGCCGAUCUCACCCCAAAUUCAUCUAAACUCCCUCUGCGUCCACCUGUGUCGCAUUCUAUGCUCAGCUAUCUCGCAAGUUCCCUCAAUUCUUCAAACCAUCUCGAUGUUUGCUGCUUAGCGGCAGCAACCAUCACAUUCUGGGGCCAGUUACGUCUGGGCGAGAUUCUCUCCCCUUGGGAAAAUUUGUUUAUCGCCUCACGCGUGUCUUGCCGUUCUGAUUUGGGCACUGCAUUUAAUGAUAACGGUUCACGUCGCCUCCAUUUGCCUUUCACAAAGGUCAAAAAGACCCGGGGGGAGGACAUCAUCUUGUGCCGUCAAGCAGAUUCUACAGACAGCAUUUCCGCUCUUGCCCAUCAUUUAGCAUUCAACUCUUUUCCUCCAGAGUACCCUCUCUUUUCCUACAUCACCAUUACAGGUCCUCGUUGUCUAACCAAGCGGAAAUUCCUGUCCCGUUGCAACGCCUGUUGGUCCUCAGCAGGUUAUCCAACUCUAACAGGGCACUCCUUUCGUAUCGAUGGAACAACAGAGAUGCUUCUCGCAGGAGUCGACCCUAAUGUCGUCAAAGUGUUGGGCAGAUGGUCUUCAGAUUCCUUCCCUCAUUAUUGGAGAUCACUUGAACUUCUCGCGCCGCGACAUGUUGAGUUCCUACCUAAUUAG